GUUAUCAUUUCCCAGAGUGGGCUUACAAAACCGAAUCCAGCCCAGGCUCCCGACAGAUCCAGCUGUGGCAUUUUAUCCUGGAAUUACUCCAGAAGGAGGAAUUUCGUCAUGUCAUCGCCUGGCAGCAAGGAGAAUACGGGGAGUUUGUCAUCAAGGACCCUGAUGAAGUGGCCAGGUUGUGGGGCAGGAGGAAAUGCAAACCCCAGAUGAACUAUGACAAGCUGAGCCGAGCUCUCAG